AUGGCACCAGCAAAGUGCGUAACCUGCCAGAAGGACAACAAAACCAGGCUGCUAUCUUGCCUGCAUGUCCUUUGUAUGACGUGCCUGGAGGAGAAUACAAGAGAAGACGACUCAGCGGUGGGCAUCAGCUGCCCUGCUUGCAGGAAAAGAACGCCACUCACGGCAGGAUGGUCACCAGGGCUUUCUUUACCCAGCGCCUAUCCAAAGCAGUUGGCUUGCGAAGCUGGCUCGGGAUCCGGAUCAGCUACAGUUGCGUUGCUGUGCGAGGAGUGCGGAGAUGACGAGAUCGCGGAGUUCGUGUGCGAAGAAUGUGACUGCAUGCUAUGUACCGCUCAUGCCGAGGUGCACCCGCGCACACGAGCGACGUUCAAGCACAAAGUCACCGGUAUUCAUGACUCGAACUCGAAGCUAUCCGACGGCAACACACCUGCGGACGAUGAUGGAGCUGAAGAUGAAGCUGGUCAACCCAGCGGAAACGCUUUAGCCCCACAGGCACAGGGGCAUAACAAGCAUCGCUGUUCUAUUCAUCCGUCAAAGUCGGUGAGUCACUUCUGCUUCCCUUGCAAUAAGCUGCUGUGUGCUGUUUGUAUGCAGCAAGGAGUACACACGAUUGACAGCCACGCUCAAGAAAAUGGAGCUGGGAGGCUGACUGAGCAUGCACCGCGCCCCAUCCAGGAGGCAGCAGGCGAAUCCAGAGAGAAGUUGCUUGAAAAUCUGUUGAGCACUGUUGACGGGCGAUGGACGAAAGCAAUUGCCAGAGUUAGAACAAGUAUGCAAACUCUUCAUGAGCAAACAGAGAGCGCCUCUGAGCAGGCUGUUGAGUUCUAUGACACGUUGAGGGAAGAGAUCACCAAACGCCAAACGAGAGUUCUGGCUGAGCUGGACGAACGGCGUACAACUAAGCUGCAGCCGUUGGAAAAGCAACUAUCCACACUACUGGAGGCUGUCAAACAUGGUGAGAGGAUAACGGAGAUUGUCAACUCGUGUGACGACAACACGGACUUUCUUAAAAUGAGCAGCUGGCUGGAUAGCACCGUUGAUGAUGCCAAGCGCUCGACGCAAGACUACUUGCGACCGUGUGUGUCCAGUGCAAUCACAUUUGCUCCAACAGAUGUCGAGGAUCUGUGCACCGAGAUUAUUCGGGCUGGCUAUACACUGGAUCUUGCAGAUGGUCACGUGAAGUGUAGCAAUCUGCGAUAUCUGGGAGAGGACGCCACCGUUACUAUUCAACCAAAAUGUUCUCCGGAAACAAAACUUCAACUGACUCCGGAGCGAAUUCACCAACAUAGAAUCAAUGUGAUUACUGCUCUAGAAGGUGAAAAUGAUGAUGAUGGCGAUAAGUUUAAGUCAUGGACUGAAUAUGCUGUGACCCGCAUUGAUAACGACGGUACAGUCCACUUUGCCUUCACUCCUCAACAAGCUGGCCUCCAUUGGAUCGUCAGCAGAGUCCAUGAUGUGUUACUGCACAAGGGUUCAAUGUCGGCGCAUAUCUGUGAGCGUGCAGUAUUUGAUGCUAAUCAAUGCUACCAUUCUAUUCACAUCAGCAAUGAUGGACACACUGCAAGACAGAACCAGGCAAUCCAACGUCACCAUAGUGGCACCUCAAGAGCAGUAUGCAGUGGGAAAGUGGCAGAAAAGACUGGUAUCAGCUAUUUCACAGCUCAAAUUGAUCAGACCCGAGAAGCGCAAAUCUUUCUGUGCGUAUGUUCUGCCAAGUCGCCAGAGCUUGAUUCUAUUCACGCUGACAAAGCACAAGUGUUUGGCUGGCAUGGGAAGGGUUCAGGCGGCUUUCACCCACAGCGGAACGGCGGUGCACUCGGUCAGAAGUGGAAAGCCGGCGAUCAGAUCACGCUAGCUCUCGACCAUGAUAAGCACACCCUCACCGGUAGACAUCACCGCACUGGUGUCAGUGAAGUACUGCACAACAUACCCACCCCUGCUGGUACCCUGCGCUGGUACGUCACACUGCACGACACAGGCGACCAGAUCACUAUCGUGUGA